AUACCUUGCAUCUGAAGUAUAGCACCAACACCUAAUUAGCUCUCUCCUGAGCCCAAAGUCACUGAGCCCAACUCUCCCUUCAUGAUGCAGUGUGUGUUUUGAGAUAAAUGAUAUAACAUUAAGCUCAAGGUGGUUGAUUCUCAAGCAGUAGUGAGGCGGAAGCAAGCCAAGGGAGCUCCAUGCCCACUGAUCCCACGGAACUCACUGAAGACACCGGAACUGUACUUAAAAGUGUUGGGUUUUUAACGCACUCUGUAUUGUGGCUAUUUGUUAAUCUCCUGAAGUUGUAGACUGUGGGGAGACUGCACAAUGGAAUUUGGGAUGGAAAGGGACAUAAGUAUUACAAUAUUACUUAAAUGUCAAACACAAGACCUAAUUUCUUUUCUAUAUACCACUGUGUGUUUGCAUAUAUGUAGGAUCACCAAUUAGAGCAUAACAGUAAUAUUGCAUGCAUGUUUUUAUCAGUUAGCUGUUACACUUCUGAAAACUGUUUUGAGUUGGAGUUCAAAUGAAGCUUCCUAUUUAGAGUCCAAUAAUGCAGUGGUUCCCAACCUUUUUGGGGUCCAGGACCCCCUGCAUAUUUUUGAUCAACCCUGGCCCCACCUGAUCUGGGGGCGUCAGGGUGCAAUUUGGUAGAAACGGCAGGAACUGCAUUUUAAAUUGCAUAAUGGGCUUUAAUUACUCAUUGAGGCAAAUAUGAGCUUUUAGUUACAACCCACAAGACACCAUACCACAAUGGAAUAUUCAUGCAGUUAACAGAAAUGUUUUUUUUUUUUGUAGUAGUAGUUUUUAGAAAUAUAUAACAGAAUGCUUAUGUAGUUCAUUUAAAAAAAAAUAUGGAAAAAAAUUGACCCUUGCACAUUCAUGAGUUUUUCCACAUUGUUCUGUAAAUAUUUAACAAGAAAAGCAUUAUUACGAAAGGAGUUGUAUAUGCUCACUAAAACGCCAGGGGGCUCAUAAUUUCUGAAGAAUGCAAAUGGAUUUAUGUUUGUGUUAACAACUGCAUGCAGUAACUUGACGUGAAAAGGAGUGAGAUCUCUAUUAAAAUAAAAUGAAUUUUACUUCUGAAACGGAAUUAGAGAAAACAAGUCCUCUUACCCUUUAUAAUUUAGAUAAGUAAACAUGUCACAUUUGAGUAAAAUAAAUGUCAGGAUGUUUUUGAAAAGGUACUUUACAGGGAGUCCUUGGUCUACGACCGAGAUCCAUUUCUACACUGGCGACAUAAUCCGAAUUUCUGCGUGAGUCAGAUUUCACCGUUAAAAGUACAAAUUCACGAUGACAACUGGGUUGGUUCAAAGCACUCCAGCGACCCUCAUGAAGAUUAGUGGCUCAGAAAACGGGUGCGUGUGGGUACUUUGUAUAAAAAAAAAAACUAAAAUACGUUAAAAUAAGAAUUAAAAAAAAAAGAUGGUGUACUUACCAUUACUUUGAGAGGUAGAUGACGAAGAAAGGGGGAAGGCACUCGUUAGUUAUUGCUAAGUAAGCAUGUGCAGGUACCCCUUGCUAGCGGGAAAAUCUCCUCAGCGUCCAUGCCUAAAUGUCCUUCCAAAGUUGGGAAAAAGGGCCAUGCCUAUUCCCUUUCAUGAACAUUAGGCUAAUAUUAAGCCUACGUUCAUUCUGAUCCUCGAUCCAUAAUGUAAGUCAUCUUUCCAUCUCGACAACGAUCGAAGAACGUUGCCUCAUUUUUUAUUUCUUAACGAAAAAAGUUACUUUGAGAUCACUGUAACCAUCAUAGGAGCGAAACCCCGUGUGCUAAAAUCCGGGCUUUGUCCUUAAUAAAAGUCGCCAUGGUCGUCCGACUGAACCUCAAGUCUUUACCGAUGUCAGUGUUAUUCCUUUGUCUGAUCUUUUUAUGAUGUUAAGCUUCGUUUACAUGGUUAUUGCUUUUCUUUCGGCUGGACCAGGAUUGCUGAAAAUCCAACUUCUUUUGGUCCAUAAUGUAUCAAAAAGUAGGUGAAAAAGGUAUAUAUACUCCCAGCGCACAAACACAGAUAAGCAAUAUGGAUGAACUAAGCAGAAACACUAUGGUGCUGGGGUCAUAAUGGCAGACAAGAUGCAGGCGUUGUAAACUCGAAACGUUUUAGAUCGAGACCGUUUUAACCUGAACUCCCUGGAUUUUGACUGACCCCUUGCAACUACACCACAAACCACUAGGGGUCCACGAACCCCUGGUUGAGAAACACUGCAGUAAGGGACUAGCGUUUAAUGAAUUUUAGUAUUGUGCAGAUAUUGACAGUCACAGGUAUAGUUUGUGAGAAAUGACAGGUAGGCACUCCUAAUUGAGAGAUCCUACCUCUUGAUGAACUAUAUAUUUUGUUCAAUUAUUUCAAUGGCAAUGUUUUCUCUCUCGCUGUCUCCUGCGUCGUGUGUUUUGCAGCAUCCGGAUAGCAAGAUGAUGCAGAUUAACUUGACUGGUUUCCUGAACGGGAAAAAUGCUAGAGAGUUCAUGAGAGACCUGUGGCCCCUGUUGCUGAGUGCCCAGGAGAACAUUGCUGGGAUCCCAACUGCAUUUCUGGAGCAGAAGAAGGAAGAAAUCAAGCAGAGACAAAUCGAGCAAGAGAAGCUUGCCUCUUUGAAGAAGAUGGAGGAAGAAAAAAAAGAGUCAAGAGAGAGGGCUCAGUCGAAGAGCCCGAGAAGACGCAAGACAAGGUCCCCGUCGCCACGACGUAGGUCUCCCCCGAGGCGGGAAAGGAAACGUAGCCCUUCACGCUCACCAAGACGUAAAGCUAAUCUACCUGGCGGGAGUUCACCUCCUCCACCCUUGAUGCAGCUUUCCACAAAACCUGUGGAGCAGCCAAUGGAGCCUGACACUUCAGGAAGUGCCAUGCCAGAACCACUCAUCCAAGAAGCACCUUCCACCAGUGAAACUGUUGUGGAGAUAGUGAAAGCAGACUCAGUAACUGAAGACAAGGAGAUGCCGCAUGAGAAAAAUAAGAAUGAAGAAAGGCCCAAAUCAAGGGAAAGGGAGAAGGAUAGUAGAAAGGAAAGACCUCAGCGCCGCUCCCGUUCUCAUUCCCGCCACCGCAAACGGCGCUCCCGUUCAAGAUCUUACUCUCCACGUAGAAGGCCGAGUCCCAGAAGAAGGUCUCCACGUCGAAGAAGCCCACCCAAACGAGCCCCACCGAGCUCCAGAACCAGACCCCGUCGUUCUCCUCUUCGCAGGAGACGAUCGCGCUCUGCUUCAUCCUCUGGCAGCAGCUCCUCACGCUCUCGCUCACCUAAAAAAAUAAUGAAAAAGAUAUCCAACACGCCUCAACGAAAACAGCCCCACUACCCUGAUGCUUCUGUUAGUCCCAGUCCUAGGAAAGAUAGGCGCUCACCAUCACCACGUGUCAGAAGGAGCAGAGGUUCGCUGUCACCUCCCAGAUCCUCUGAGGACGAUAAAAACGAGAAAGGCGCAAUGGCAGAUUCUGUGCAGCAGAGACGACAGUAUCGUAGACAGAAUCAGGAGUCAUCUUCAGAUUCAGGAUCAUCCUCUUCAGAUGAGGAAGCAUCCAAGAGACCAAAGGGAACACCAGCGGCCAGAAACGGUGAUGUUAAGAGGAGGCGUAGCCACACUCCUUCCCCGAGGAGGCGACAGAGAGAGGCCUCUCCGAGGAAAAGACGCUCAAUAUCGCCUGGUGUGCGCAGACGCCGUUCUCUUACUCCCCCAAGGCGUCGCAGGACCCCGUCACCAAGACGAAGGUCUCCUUCCCCACUCUCUCGCAGACGUUAUUCUCCUCCCAUCCAGCGUCGAUACAGCCCGCUGCCGCCUCAGAAGAGGAAAUUAUCGAACUCUCCUGCUAGACGUGCUUCACCAGCGCACAAACGCCGUCUUUCUAGAUCCCCUAAACGCAGAGCUUCUCCUGCUCAGCGGAGGCGCACGCCUCCCACGUCGUCAUCUCCGCCCAGACACAGAAGAAGCCCCAUGAUUUCUUCUGUUCGUCCAAGUCGAGAUGCACGAUCCCCUCCUGUAGCAGCAAAUCGGCGUUCCCAAUCCCCUGCAAACCGCAGUCACAUUAACAGAGGCUCCAACAGUCCCAUAAGACAGUUUGACCAGUUUUCCUCCAACCAGCGGAGGCACUCACCAUCACACAGUGAAAAACCUAUCCGAAGAGUCUCUCGCACCCCAGAGCUGCGCAGCAACCACAGACUUUCAUCGAGCCCGCAGCCUUUGAAAAGAGUUUCCUCCAGAUCUCGAUCCCUUUCUCCUCAACCAGCUGCUGUGAAACACCCAGGCCCCACAUCUGCCUCCGUCUCUCCGUCUCGAUCUGCUAGUGUAUCGCCCCCACCGGCCAGAAAGGCCAGCAGUGGCUCGGGCAGCCGAUCACCCAGCAAGAAUUCAGACGUUGAUGGCAGCGCCAAGAAGAAGAAGAAGAAGAAGAAGGAGAAGAAGCAUAAGAAAGACAAGAAACAUAAGAAGCACAAGAAGCAUAAGAAGGAGAAGAGUAGCAACGCUGGAUGUGGAGAGACCCAGCAGAACCAGGGUGGGGAUGAAGAUGGUGAAUCAAGAAAGGAAUCAGAGAGUGAAGUGGAGGACACGUUGGAUGACCUGGAGAAACACCUGAGAGAGAAGGCCCUGCGCUCCAUGAGGAAGGCCCAGGUGUCUCCCUCACAGAUGUCUUAAAU